AUGCUGCGACUAACAAAGUCACCUGUCCACUUAUGUGAGACGAACGAGUCUACCGACCGAAAUAAUGAAGAACUCAAGCAAGAGGCAAGAUCAUGGGUCGAUGGUGUUGCCCAAUCGACGCAUCUAUGUCUGCGAAACGAGACGUCAUUCCUAAGACAUAAUUUCUCGUUCGCUGCUCACGUAGAGUUCUUCUUGACUGGAGAGGCAUUAUUUGAAGAGGAUGAAUACAUGCCUGUAGGUCGGUCGGAGACCACUGCAUCAGAAAGGGCCCACCGAGAAGAGUUCCUGACUAGUAGGAAACAAUUAGGGAUUGAUGAGCUGUGUGAGUUUGUGAACAUGCUAAACCGAAUUUCGGGCGGUGGAACGCCCCACAAAGAGCAGCUUAGAAUGUUAGAUUUUGAGUGGAGUUCUGGAAUGUUUCUCCUUUGGGCACGUUUUGUGCGAUCGAUAGCUUCGGAGGUGGCGGCACUCGCCGUACAUCCCGUCCCAAGGCGGAUGUACCUUUUCACGAAUUGCCCGAGAAAGGAAAUGGUGAGGAACCGGUCAAGCCAACAAGAUAACUUGGACGAUUAUUGGCCUGGUAGUGCCUUCCGCGCCGUUGUGGGCCUGCGGGAGAUUGGCUGGAAGUCAUUUCCAUUUGUUAGCGUCCCCGCCAGUAUGACCACCUCAUGA